UUCAUUAAGUGUCAGAGGUGCGCAAACAGUGUCCAGCAAGAGCAGAGCGAUCGUUCAGUGUCUGUGGGUGAAGUUCAACAUACAAUGGCAGAAAAACCCUUGACAGACUGGGACAGUGGUCUCCUUGACUGCUUUGAGGAUACACGUACUUGCUGCUAUGGAUUCUGGUGCUGCCCCUGUCUCGCCUGCACUGUUUCAGGAAGAUUUGGAGAGAACAACUGUCUCCCUUUAUGUGAUAUAAUCGGCCCUGGUGUAUUCGCAGCCUUUGGGAUACCUGUUUGUGUUCCUCCUGCAGUUUUGUCUGUAAGAGCUGCCAUGCGAAACAGAUAUGGCAUCAAGGGCUCUCUCUGUAAGGACAUUGCAAUUUCCUGUUUCUGUGAGUGGUGCUCCUGGUGUCAGAUGCAUCGCGAGUUAAGGCAUCGCAAGAAAACCCCGACUGUUGUCAACAUACAGAAUAACACUGUUGUCAACAUGCAGCCUAUUCCAACUGUCCAGCCAGGAGUAAUGAUGAUGAUGCCUGCACAACCAGUUGCAACUGGUUUCAUGACUCAACCAACAGUGGUCAUUCAAACAAAGUGAGACUCGUAGAAAUCUGAUGCUGCUCAGAGUGUGUUCUCACGUAUUUACUCGUAAAAAAAUAGGAAUGUAAUCAUUUAGUAUGUUAAAUCCUUACAAUUGAUUUCCUAGCUAUCAAGAAGAUUAAGAGAGUUAACAUAAAUGAAGGGAAUGAUGACUGCCCAUUUGAAGUUUAGUUACAAAUGUAGAUGUACUUUGUUGUUUAAGUAAUAAUAAUAUUUUACUGACUAAAUAAAAACAUGAA